AUGAUGAAUCGCAGGCAUGUUCGGAACACGAGAGAUUAUCUCUAUCGUCGUGCCGUCCUUCUGCGCGAUGCCGAAAUCAGCGAGAAGAGAGCCAAGAUGAGAUCGUCGCUUGCGUCGGGCAAGCCCCUGGAUCCUACAAUUGCCAAUGAUCAAUCGCUGCGCAAAGACUACCAGUACGACGAGUCGGUCGACACGACGACGGCCGAGCAGCUGGACCUAGACGACGAGUACGCCCAGCUUUCUGGCAUCGUCGAUCCGCGUAUCCUCGUCACGACCUCACGCGACCCCUCGGCGAGACUGGGCGCUUUUGCCAAGGAGAUACGCCUUCUUCUGCCGACCGCGAUUCGCCUGAACCGUGGUAACCUCAUUCUGCCCGAGCUCGUGCGCUCGGCCAAGGCGUCUGGCCUGUCGGACGUGAUUGUGUUGCACGAACACAGAGGUACGCCAACGGCUAUGACGCUGUCGCACUUUCCCCACGGUCCGACCGUGUCAUUUUCUCUUCACAACGUCGUUCUGCGACAUGACAUCCCCGGCAGCGUGCGCGGCACCGUCAGCGAGUCAUAUCCCCAUCUCAUAUUUGACGGAUUCGAAACGCCUUUGGGCAAGCGUGUCGUCAAAGUUUUGAAGCAUAUCUUCCCGCCACGCGAGCCGAUUACAAGCAAAAACAAAAUGGGCAGCCGUGUAGUGACUUUUAAAAACAUCGACGAUAGUAUAGAGGUACGACAUCACGUUUUCGUGCGGACUGGGUACGACAGCGUGGAGCUGGCAGAGGUUGGGCCGCGGAUGACGAUGCGGCCUUUUGAGAUUCGCGCAGGCACAUUGGAGAAUAAAGAAGGUGAUGUGGAGUGGCAUCUGUCGCAGUUCACGCGGACGGCGAAGAAGAAGAAUUAUCUGUAA